AUGCCGCUUGAGCAGGAAUACAUAUCCUGUGAUGCGCACGAUGGAGGCCCAGACCUCUGUAUGCCAACUUGUCGAGGCGUCCAGAUCGAGGAGCUGUCGAUUGUUGAACUACAGCAGCACCUGACUGAAGGCACAUUUUCUGCCCGUGAACUGACUGCUUCAUACCUCCUAAGAAUUGAGAGGAUCAAUUCAAUAUUGAAGGCUGUUAUUGAGACGAACCCGGAUGCCCUUGAUAUUGCAGGCGACCUGGACAGUGAGAGACUAACUGGAAAAAUUCGAAGCCCUCUCCAUGGCAUUCCUUUCUUAGUCAAAGACAAUAUGGGCACAGGGGACAAGAUGCAGACUACUGCCGGUUCCUCCGUCCUCGCUGGUGCGACUACACCAGAAGCAAAUGUCGUCAGCCUGAUGCGUCAGACUGGUGCUGUUUUGCUUGGCCAUGCCAAUUUGUCAGAAUGGGCCUCAAUGCGGUCUUCAUAUUACUCUGAGGGCUAUUCGUCUAGAGGCGGACAAUGUCGCAAUCCCUACAAUUUAGCUGAACACCCUGGGGGGUCGAGCUGUGGCAGCGCUGUGGCGGUGGCUGCUAACAUGUGUCCAUUCAGUCUAGGAACCGAGACUGAUGGGAGUGUUAUUUUUCCUGCUGACCGUAACGGGAUAGUUGGCCUUAAACCUACUGUUGGCUUAGUUUCUACGAAAGGAAUUAUACCAGAAGCAAGUAGCAUGGAUACUGUAGGACCUAUGGGACGAAGUGUUCAGGAUGUCGCUGUUGUAAUGGAUGCAAUGACCGGGAAAUUUCAGACAGGAAACCGAUCUACGGUUACGUAUUCCUCGUUUAUAAGUCAAAGAGACGCUCUGAAAGGUGCCAGGUUUGGUCUACCCUGGCAACGUGUUUGGAAAAUGGCAAGCGAGAAUGAGAAACUGAAAAUUCAUUACGAAACACUAAAAGCGGUUAUUGCAGAUAUGAAGAGUGCUGGAGCCGAAAUAUUUGAAGGAGCGGAUUUUCCUAGUGCGAAGGAGAUCAUACCACCAACAGGAUGGGACUGGGAAUAUGCCCCAGAAGACAAACCCUACCUUUCUGAGUUUAAUAUUGUGAGGACAGAAUUUUACAAUGGCCUUCAAGAAUACCUUUCCAACCUCAUUACCAAUCCAAACCAAAUCAAAACCUUGGAAGAUGUAGUUGCUUAUAACCAAAGGCACGCGGAGGCUGAAGGCGGUUAUCCAAACAUUCAUCCUUGCUGGCCAAGUGGGCAGGAUAAUUUUGAAAAGAGCGUUGGGUCUAAAGGAACUAAAAAUGAACAGUACCGUGAAGCUCUAACCUUUAUUCAACAAAAGUCGCGCAAAGAAGGUAUUGAUGCCGCUCUGUACUGGGAAAAUUCGAAACUGGAUGGACUUCUGGUGCCUAUCCAGGCUGAAAAUGGCGUGGCUUGUCAGGUGGCAGCGAAAGCCGGCAUGUCUACCUCGUUUCCCUUUAUAGGACGUUGGAUGAUUCUAAUUGUGGGAUAG